UGGUCGUCGAUAUCCAGACGACCAUAUUAUAUAUAUAUAAAGAUAUGAUGAAGAUUGAGGAGUAUUUUCCUAGUAUUGAACAGGCAAUUGAUAGUAUAGAAUCAUUAGAAUUUAAUUAUCCUAAGCCCUUUACAAAUUCUCUAUUAAAAUUGCAGGAUAUUGUUAUGCUUAUACGAGAUGCAGAGGGUCAUGAAAGUAGGUUAUUUAGUGUAGAAAAAGGGAAGAAAGAAGGAGAAAAGAAAGGGUUUUGUCAGGCAUUAGAAGUACCAGUAACGCCGUUAAAAAAUAAGGAAUUACAGUCACCAGAAAUAUUAUUAGAAGCAGCGGAAAAACUUUUAAAUAUAUAUCAAUUUCCUGAGAUAGAGGAGAGAAUUGGAAUGCUUUUUGAAAAAAACCGUAAACAUCUUAAAAAUAUACAAGAUUUAGAAGCAAAGAUUGAAUCGCAACGUAUGAAGUUAGAUUUACUUUUAACGAAUAAUGAUUUUAAUUUUGAAGAUAAGAAUGAAAUUAUAACAGAUGAAAUGAUACAAGAAGAAAAAGAUGAGGUAGCAAGAUUAGAAUAUGAGUUAGAAAUGAGGAGUAAAGAAUUAAGAGAGAAUGAAUAAUAAUAUUUUUUGAGUUUUGAAGGUAGUAGUGAUAUUUUUUAAGUUUAGAGAGUAGUAGCGAUAUUUGUAUA